AUGCUCAAACCUCUGGAUAGUGUUGACUAUGAUGUUUUAAGCGAAGAUGAUGAAAAGGGUGAAGAUAAAAAGGUUCUAUUCGAUUCAAGCGAUGAAGAUUCUAUCGAUGAAGAAUCCGUACAUGCGUCUGAAGAUGCUUCAUAUGAAAACAUGACUACACAACAACCAAAGCCUCGUAGAAAGAGAUUCAUCCCAAAAUAUGAAGUAGAUGGAGUAUAUAAAGUUUCAUUAGGAGAAGAAACACAAAUGCAAAUAGAAAUGGUUAUAGGCACGCAUGUGAAUGCGCAAUAUCCAUGGAAAACUAUUAGUAAGGCAAAAAUUUUAGAAACUAUAGAGGUCGGUGGAGAAUUAUCUGAAUUUUUCUCUAUAAAAGAACACAUUGAAGCUUAUUCAGGAGAAAUGAUGCUUUUAGGGUAUAUUGUAGAUGAAUCUAAAGAUACCGAUGAAUUUUACGUAUGUUGUACUAUAGAAGCAAGAGAUCAUUGUAAACAACAAUCUGACAGAUUUAUAAAAAGACAAGAAAAGAAGUUAGAAAAGGCGGUGCAGAAAAAACCUAGGCCUUGGAAAAGUUUAGGAAGCGAUAAAGAAAUAAUGGAAUUAAAACCGAUUAAUACAAGACCUUUAAUGGAAAUGGAAAUCAAAGCUAAGUUUCCCAAAGAAUAUGAACCACUGAAGUUUAAAGUUAGAGACUCGAAUGCCGUGCGAGAUGGUUAUAUAGAAUUGACACCCUACAGACAGAAGUUUAAUAAUGUUUAUAGCAGAAGAGUUGACUGUGCAUCACAAAUUACACCUCCAGUGGUCAAUAGAGAAGCACAAACAGUGUUAAAGUACCCGCAAAAUAAGUGGACUCAAUCAAUUGCGGAUGCUUUGGGAUCGAUGGAUGAUGUCGAAGGAGGAGGGGAUACUGGUACACGGACGGAUAAAGAUGAUGGUAAAGAAGAAGAAAGCUCAGACGAAGAAGAGGUAGAAAAAGAGAAAGUGGAUGAAGUAGGUUUGCAAGCUUAUCGUGCAGCAUUAAAACGUAUGAGACGACCAUCAUAUAUUAAAAUGAUAAAUGGUUUCAUGUCCUCAAAAUCUGAAGAAAUUAAUUCCAUUAUCGAACUUAAUACUGUGAUGGACAUGUAUUGCAAUGAUUAUCCAAAUUUGAUUGCAGAAAAGUUUGUUGAUAUUUAUGAUACGAUGGCUUUUGAGGAAUAUGUUUGCUUUACGGAUGUUAGAGCUAAAGAUAAGUAUGUUUCUUGUGCUGCGUUUCACCCAAUGUGGUCUGGUAUUGUAGCUGUGUGCUAUUCAGACGGUUCACCCACUGUUAUGAAAACCUUGGGUACAAGGCCUGACCCAAUACAAAGAGCUGUAUACGGUUUAAAUCCAGUAAUGAUAUGGAGCCACAUAGAUAGUUUGUUACCAAAAUUGUAUUUGGAAUCGCCACGUGAGGUCAAAACUUUAUCGUUUUGUCCAUUCAAUGAAAAUAUAUUAGUUGGCGGUUGUAUAAAUGGUCAAAUAGUUAUUUGGGACUUAACCAAAAAACUGGAAAAUGUAGAAACAGUUGAAGUCUUGAGCGAGACCAGAGAAAGAUAUCGAAUCGCUAUGAAUGCUCACAUGGAUUGGAUGAAAAACGUACAAGAUAAAGGAGUUGUACAAUCUACAGUAUUAAGUAAUUUAAUGACUAGUCAUUAUGGGCCAGUGACUGCCAUUAAGUGGUUUCCUCCCAAUUUUGUUAUUUCACCUACUGGAACGGCCACCGUUAUGCCAAAAGAUAAGUGUUCUUUAAUGUUUUUUUCUGGUUCUGAUGAUGGUAAUAUCUUGAUUUGGAACCUUUCUGUCGAUAAUUUAACGUUUUUUGAAGGUAAAAAAGUAAAAAAAUCAAAAAGGAUCGCGAGAAGACCAUCAGGGUUGACUCUUGAUGUUUCUCCAUUAAAAAUAUUGGAUCGUAAUUUGCAACCAUGUUACAAAAUUAUAUUAGGCAUCGCUGGAAAACCCGAAACAUUGUGCUUGCAAUCUUUUGCAAUGAAUCCUCCACUUUUAAAUUAUAUUUAUACACCAAAAAAUACAGGUAUGGGACGGAAGUACUUCAAAUGUGAAGUAGUUCCUCAAGAUGAACGAGAUAUUUCAAUGGUUUUGUAUUGUGGCUCACAGCAUGGAGAAGUAAGAAGAGUCACUUGGGAAGGUCAUCAGUUCAAUACCGGAGAAGUUGUUAACUCUGAAUAUUGUGAAAUAAAUUUUCGUUGUUAUUUACACGAUGGAAUUGUAUCUUCUACACAAAGAAAUCCUUUCAUAAAUCAUAUUACAUUAACAGUAGGUGGAAAAAUAUUUGCUAUUUGGACCGAUAAAUUGUUAAAUCGACCACUUGUUUGGAAAAAACGUCCUUAUCGUUUGACCGAAGGUGCUUGGUCGUUGUAUAAGCCAAGUUUACUUUUUAUUUCUACCUCUGAAGGAGACGUUGAGACCUGGGAUCUGCUAAUUAAAAGUGACAAACCGAUUUCAGUUCAGACUUUAUCGGGAACAAUGCUCACGGGUGUUAGCUUGCAUACAUUGCCAUUAGCUAAAAAUAUUAUUGGUGUGAGUGAUAUUAACGGCUCUUUUAGAAUGUUUUUGGACCCACCUAUAUUUAUGAUUUAUAAUCCCGCUUACAAAGGGCGCUUUGAUAAUAUGUUAUCGAGAGAUUUAAAAGUAAUGCAGUCAUUUAUAAAAUGGCAAGAUGAUUGGAUGAAAAAUAAUCCUCAAAUUUUACUUGAAAUAAAACGAAAAGAAGGUGCAUUACUUGCAGAAAAGGAAGAAGAAAAGCGUAGAUUACGUGAAGAGGAAGAAAAAAGACUUGAAGAGGAAGCAGAAGCGAGAAGACUACAGAAAAUGAAAGUAGUUGGUCCCGAGGAGAGAUGGCAGAAGAUAAUUCAAAAACUUAUAGAAAGAACUAUAGCUGUGAAAAAAAGAAUAAACAGGGCUGAAUUAAUCGAACAAGAAAAACCAUUACGUGAAUUAGAAGCUCAAAGAUUAGAGAAAGAAAGAAGAAUGUUAGAAAUUAUGAAGAAUCAAAAGAAUAUUUUUAAUGAUACAGUCGCUAUAUUAUUCCCUGAAGCAAUAAAAAAGAAAGCUAAGGAAAAAAAGAGUUUAUUGUCGGAUAACAAAGAGGCUUUGAAAAAAGAGUAUUUAGAUGAUUAUAAUUAUAUAAAAAACGGGGCUCAAAGAAUGGUAAAGGAUAACCCGUAUAAAAUUGCAUUUUCUUGGGAAGGUUCAUUAGCAGAAGGCAAAGAGAGAAGACAGGCACUGAAUCCUUACGACAGCUUUAUAAAAAUCCAUCCAAGCAGAAUCGAAGACGAAUUUUCUAUUGCUCCUAAAAAGUUCGCACAACCGCCCUCAGUUUACGAAACGGUUGUUGAGGAAGAGGAUAUUAUAGCGGAGCCUGAAGAAGUAGAAUCUAGUGAAAAGAUUUAA